AUGGUCCAGUUAGUUGUCGCAGUGACCACAUUAACGGCUGGUCGACUUCAGCGGGGGAACAAGGCGUCAAUGAUUGGUGCGCCUCCCAUGCCACAAGCCUACGAUGCAGCCUCCGGCGCCCCGUCCCUUGGAAAGUCCCGAGUCUCGAGUCCCGAGUCCCGAGUCCCGAGUCCCGAGUCAACUCCCCGACUCGCCGUCAUGCCCGGUCUGCCCCUUUGGUGCUGUCCAGGGGACUCUCCGUCAAGGUUUCAUGGCCAGGAUCGCUGGGCACCGCAGCUAGCGGCACCUGAGCUGCGAUGGUGGUUCCGGCGGGUCAUCCGUCUGGCCGUCGUCGUCCCCGUCACAGCGCAGUUCAGCUACAUAGCUAUGUACCUGCAGAAAGCAAGCACCAGACAGCGGUUUCGUGUCAAGCAGACUCCUCAUCGACUCAUGAUAGUGAGCGGCUCUGCUCACCCCAGUCGGAGGGCCGAACUCUCAGGCCAUCCCCCGUCCCGGGCUUGUUAUGUUGCCAUCGCGCACAGUGCACAGUGCACACACGGCUCACACCGCAACGGUCCGAGAGCCAAUUGCCCGCGUCAAACAAUGCUGGCUGAUUGUUGGUCGUCGGCGACCGCUCCGCUGGCUCGCUGCAUGCAUCCUGCAAUAGCGCCAUCACGGGCAAUCGCCCAACUCCCGCUGUCCACAGUUGUAGGACGCGACUGGAGCUUGUGGUUGCUCGAAGCGCAUCAGAACGGGGGGCCUGUAGCCGACCUGUAG